CAUACACUUAAAGGGUAAUGAACAUAGCAACACACAGAUGUCUAUGAAUUUGACCCCGAACACCGAAGUUCGUGUCCCGAGCAGGAGAGUGUGGUGUAGGGCCAGGCCCUUAGUUUUCGGUAUUCAUCCCGUGAAAAAUGGGCACAUAAUAGAUUAAGUAUCGGAAUUGAAGAAAUUCGUUUUCAAGUGCAGAGUAAUUUGAAUUUUAGUGUCAGGAAUAGUUUAUUAAAUAAAACAUGGCGAAUCCAAAUCGUGAAAGUGUUAGUACUCGUUUCUCCGAUAAUUAUGACAUCAAAGAAGAAUUAGGGAAAGGUGCUUUUUCAGUAGUAAAACGCGCAGUUCAAAAAGCCACAGGAUACGAAUUUGCUGCGAAAAUAAUAAACACUAAGAAACUUUCUUCCCGAGAUUUUCAAAAAUUAGAAAGAGAAGCUCGGAUUUGCCGAAAAUUACAGCAUCCUAAUAUCGUGAGACUACAUGAUUCCAUUCAAGAGGAACACUAUCAUUAUCUCGUGUUUGACUUAGUGACAGGGGGUGAAUUAUUUGAAGAUAUAGUAGCGCGCGAAUUUUAUUCAGAAGCAGAUGCAUCGCACUGUAUCCAACAAAUUUUGGAGUCUGUGCACCAUUGUCAUCAUAACGGAGUUGUUCACCGCGACUUAAAGCCCGAAAAUCUGUUAUUGGCAAGCAAGGCCAAGGGCGCCGCAGUUAAAUUAGCUGAUUUUGGAUUAGCUAUUGAAGUCCAGGGUGAUCAACAGGCCUGGUUUGGGUUUGCUGGUACUCCAGGCUAUUUAUCACCAGAGGUUUUAAAAAAAGAGCCCUACGGCAAACCAGUGGAUAUUUGGGCUUGUGGUGUUAUAUUAUAUAUAUUACUUGUGGGUUACCCACCAUUCUGGGAUGAAGAUCAACACCGGUUAUACGGCCAAAUCAAAGCUGGUGCAUACGAUUAUCCUUCCCCUGAAUGGGAUACGGUGACACCUGAGGCCAAAAGCCUCAUCAAUCAAAUGUUAACUGUAAACCCGAGUAAGAGAAUUACUGCCUCCGAAGCAUUAAAGCAUCCAUGGAUUUGCCACCGUGAACGUGUUGCUUCAGUUAUGCACAGGCAAGAGACAGUGGACUGUUUGAAGAAGUUCAAUGCACGUCGCAAAUUAAAGGGCGCUAUAUUAACAACAAUGCUUGCGACCCGCAACUUUUCUGGAAAAUCGAUGGUCAACAAAAAAGGCGAUGGCUCUCAAGUCAAAGAGUCAACGGAUAGUAGUACCACUUUAGAAGAUGAUGAUUUGGAUAAAGACAAGAAGGGCGUUGAUCGAGCAUGCACAGUGAUUUCGAAAGAUCAAGAUGAGGAGGGUUUGACGAAAGCAGAUUCUUUUGGAAAAGCUCGGGGUGACAGCAACGCAUCUUUACGUCGUACUGAAGUUAUAAAAGCAACUGAAAUUCUCUUAGACGCUAUAAACAAUGGCGACUACGACACAUACUCUAAAUUAUGUGAUCCUCAUGUAACAUCAUUUGAUCCCGACGCUCUCGGAAAUUUAAUUGAAGGUGUAGAGUUUCACAAGUUCUUUAUUGAUAACACUCCUACACAUGUGAAAACCAAUACAACUAUUAUAAAUCCUAGAGUACAUUUGCUUGGAGAGGAUGUUGCUGUGAUAGCAUAUGUGUGUGUUACACAGAGUGUGGAUGCAGAAGGCCGUCGUGCCACUAACCAAUCCCAAGAAACACGCAUCUGGCACAAACGCUAUAACAAGUGGACUGCAGUUCAUUUCCAUCGCUCCUAACUAGUCUCCUCCUUUAAAGGCUAUAUCGUGUCUGGGGAAUUUGGUCUCAAAGAACAAGAUUUAUGUAAUGGUGAUGUCGUCAAAACUAUAAUAACUUUUCAUGACUAGACAGAGACCCUAAAACAAUUCCUUGGCAAACAAAUAAGAAUAAUAUAUUAAAAUCUUAAUAUCUAAUUCUGCUAUAAAACUUACACGAAUUUUACUAGUAAUUCUUUGUAAUCUCAAGGAAUUAAGUUAAUUUAAUAUAGGUAAUCAAACAGUAAUAUACAAUUCAAUCGCUAUUUCUUCUGUAACACUCGAGUCCCAAAAUAAAAUUUAAAGGUUAUGUGAAAAUGUGAUACCGGCUAAGAAAAUAUCCAAUGCUUAAUGCUAGUGAUAUAUAGAAAUACUGAUCUCAAUAAUGAUCGAAAAUGUUCAACGAAUAAAAAUACGAUUAAAUAAAUCGUUGACGAUCACUGAAACAAAAAUAAUCUCCCAGAUGCGUCAGAUCUGAUACUAUUGAUUCUACUAAAUAAAUAAGUACCUACCUAUAAAAAUGCAGAAAUUUUCAACGUUUAGAAUUAUUAGCACAUUUCUCAAUAAGUCUCUCUACAUUUUUAACUAUAAAUGUUUUGUCGUGCUUAAAAAUGGUGUUCUAUUUGUUAUCGAAUACCUAGCUAAUAAGAUAUAAGUAAAUACUAAUGCAGUUAUUGGCACUACCUCUCCAACGUGAAAAUGAUAUAGCUGUUGAUUCAAAUAUUUUUUAUUAACUACUUAUAGAUUAUUAUGUACAAUAUAAAAUAUUAUACUUACCUACUUCUGUUCAAGUACCUACCUAUUAGUCUAGUUGAUUUGUAAAAUUUUAAGUGAAUUAUAUCAAUUUUGUCAAUUUUAGAUUUUAAAGUUGUUAACAUUACUGUGCUUUUGCUUUAAUUCUUAAAAAAACAUGUAUCCCUAUUAGUGAUUACUUACUUUAAAAUGUUUUACUUAAUAUUAUUUGCAAAAAUAAGUUAUUUGUCAUAUCACUUUAAAGUUGAUAAUUUUUGAUACCUAAACAUUUCUAAAGUGAUAACUGUGCAAAGGAAUGGACUGCAUAAGAGACUCAAUUUUAUGAGAGGAGCUUUCGUCGAGUGAUAUUAAGUGUAUAAUGGGUAAUUAUUGCAUGGUUUCACUUACGAAGUGUGCUAAUGUAAGUCUGCAAGAAACUCAGUAUUUUCUAGAAGUAAAAUUAGAUAUAAAUGACAUAUAUACCAAUGUUUUUACAAUUUUGUAAAUGGUAGUAUAGUUAGCAAACCUAAUUUAUAAAAUAAUAUAUACUUACUUACUUCAAAAAUGAUUGGAAUUGUAAUUAUAAUAAAUUGCAAGAUAAAAUAACUUAUUUGUGAUUAUGGUGAUAUUUAUAUACCUACUUACCUACUCACUGUAUGCAGAGUACAUAGUUGUGCCAUUAUUAUUGAAUUUAGUGCCAAUAACUGUAAGAAAAAUGUAUUCUAGUCUUUAUUGUUAUGCAUAUUUAGUGGUAAUAAAUUAAUGUUUUGAAUUUAUUUGGAAAAUUAUACAUACUUACUUAUCUACCUGAAAAAACAUACAUGUACAUAAUAUAUAGAAAUGAUUGGCAAAUGAUGUCUGAGAGUGUUGUCAACCAAAAUAAUUAAUUACUUACCUAUUUAUGUUAAAUAUAUUUUAUAUUUUUUAUACUUAUGAAUUGCUAUUUUUUUUUCAUUUAAGUAAGUGUGUAAGUUGUAUUAUUUAGACUCUCAUAUUGUUGCAUUACUAAAUCACAUUUAUUUAUAUACUUACCCAACUUUUUUUUAAGAUUGUUAAUAGUUAACACUAGAAAAAAAUUAAAUGUAUUACCAACUGGCUUUAAGUAUUAGGUAUGUCAAAAUGAGUGAACUGACAGUUUAUUACAUCUAGUGUUAUAAUUUUUUUUGAAUACCAACAAACCUAAUAAUACCUAUUAUUUUGUCUUUGACAUCACAAUAAAAUCGAAUAGCAUUACGUUAAGAUUAAAAUAUUCCUAAGGACCUUGUCCAGACAACAUUUACAUUGUUUUACAAGUGUAUAUCUAUUAACUACCUAACUGAAUGGUUAAAUGCAAUACCUUAUAUAUUUGCUUUUAUGUAAAAUAAUAAUUAGAUACUAUACAAAAAUAUAAUAUCUUGGGAUUCAUAAAUUGUUAAAGAUUUUAUUUGUUACUAACUUGAAUAUUAUAAAAUAUAUUAUGAAUAUACUUAAUAUAUUUUAUUGUAAUUAUUAUUAUAAAUCUCUAUUGUAAACCUAUUAAAUUGUAGGUAUCUUGCUAUAGUUAGAGUAACAUUGUUUAAUAGAAUUUGUUUGAAAAUAAUAACAACAUACUUGAUUCAAAAAUUUUGGAGUUUAUGUACUUUACUAAUCUAUUAAAGUUGCACAAAUGUGUCUAAUUAGACAGUUUCUCACAAUUUCAAUUCUUGAAACCCCUAAAUACCUAAAAUCUAACUAACUCUUUGUCAAAUUAUGGUGUUGUCUUCCUUUAACAGUGUUCCAAAUUAAAAAUAAUUACCUAACUGUGUGAUCUCAUUAAUUUAAAAAAUGCUAUUUAACAACAUUUUAAAGACAACUCUCCAUUGUAAUAACACUUUUUCCUGAUUGCAUGCACUAAACUCCUGGCUUUUAUAUUUAGGAGGGCUUUUUAAUAAAUAAAUAUUUGUCUAUUGGCUGAAAUUAAUCAUAACAUUUAACUAGGACAUUAGGUUUUUAUGAAAAAUAUGUACUUAAUUACUUACCUACAGUUUAUUAUAUACUUACUUGAAGUUACCAUAUAUUUACUUUAAGCACAGUAUGUACAGUACUUGUGAUGAUACCAUUGUUUACUUACAUAAAAAUUGUUAUAUAAGUAAAUACACUCUUUCAGUGUGCUUCAUAGCUCUAAUUUAGAUAAACUGGUAAGAAUGUGGGUGCAGUGCUAUAUUAUAUGGUAUUAUAUUAAUAAAUAAAUGUUAAAAAUGAAACAGCCAUUAUGUUAAAAGUGUAAAGUUUCUUAGCUACCUUACUAUUUCCAGUUUUUUAAAUACAAUUUUGACCAUUCAGCUAGAAAUUGUAUUGUGUGCAUACCUAUUGGAGCGUUCUGUGUUAGCAUAUGGUUCAUUAAGCCUAUAAACAUUAUAAUAUUUAAAUUAUUAUAGGAUGUACUUAAAUUGAGUGAAUAGUAAUAUUGUUUGAAUUAAAAAUAAAUAUUGCACCCCUGCCUAGUUAUAUGAGAUUGUUUUUUGUCAUAGCUAGGAUUUAACCAAGUAUUUCGGACUUUAAUGCACCUCAAAAUUAUUUUAAAAAUUUCUCUUUAUUAUGACAAUGGUGGUUCGAUAUAGCUUAUAUUGAAAAUGUGGAAGUAUAGGUGUAUUAAACAUUCAUCAGUAAAUUUCUAUUUGAAAUAAUUUUUUAAAACCUCUGCAUUGCCGAUUACCUGUAACAAUCUCUAAAAUAAAGUUUUUUUGAUCUAAAA